ACGCUCAUCAGUUUGUGAAUCUUCUGCUUUGGUGUGUUUUUUUCUCUUUUUCUGAAGAGAGUUAUUUGUUCCAGAGGAAGAGGCAGGAGUGCAGAAACAGCAGAUGAAUUAAUCCGGCAGAUGACCAAUUCAUAAUCUACCAACAUGUCCAGCGCUGAGAAACACGGGCAGCAGGACCUCAAAGUUGUGGGUGCAGGAAAGAGUGAAUCAGACAACAUAGUGAGACGACAUAUAGCAAAGAUGGAAAAACAGAGAGCAGCCAAUGCAGGUAGAGGGUACACCAACACAGACAAUGAGAUGGAAGAUCUUGAAAGAAGACGGGAUCAUCAACAUUUAGGUGGUGGAAGGUUGACCUCUAAAAUAAGUGGCUCGGGGGAACACAAGACUGAAGAACUUACAAGUCACUUUCAGAGUAAGAGACCAGACUCUCCUGAGCCCAGCUGUGUGUCUAUGAAGAGUAAUCAGUCAAUGGGUAGAGACAUAGACUUCAAACAGGGAGAGUCUUCACCUGAACUGAGCUGUGUGUCUAUGAAGAGUGAUCAGUCAAUGGGUAGAGACAUAGACUUCAAACAGGGAGAGUCUUCACCUGAACUGAGCGCCCAAAAGGAGAGAGCAAAGAUCACCAUGACCCAUCUGGAGUCCAUAUUCCAGGAACUGGAGCACAAAGUCAUCUCUCUGGUGAAGAAUCAGCUGAAGAGGUUCAAGAAGGUGCUGAGUCCAGAUUUCCCAGCAUGCUCUGAGAGGGAGGUGGAGGGUGAGGUGGAUCAGACUGUCAGAGAAGGAACACUGCAGAUCGCAUUGCACGUCCUGAGGAACAUGAACCAGACAGACCUCGCCAGCACACUACAAACCAAACUGGCUCCUGCUUGUCAUCAAAAGUUCAAAUCCACAUUGAAGAAGAAAUUCCAGAAAAUUAAUGAAGGAAUCGCAUAUCAUGGAGGCUCAACACUUCUGAAUGAGAUCUACACAGAGCUCUACAUCACAGAAGGUGGGAGUGGAGAGGUCAAUAAUGAACAUGAGGUGAGACAGAUUGAGACAGUGUCCAGGAGACCAGCAACACAGGAGAGACCCAUCAACUGCAGUGACCUCUUUAAAGACACAGCCGUCAGAACUGUACUGACUAAUGGAGUUGCUGGAAUUGGAAAAACAGUCUCAGUGCAGAAGUUCAUUCUGGACUGGGCUGAAGGAAAAGCUAAUCAGGAUAUCCUCUUCAUAUUUCCACUUCCUUUUAGGGAGCUGAACUCAGUGAAGAGUAGAAAACUCAGUCUAGUUGAUCUUCUUCGUCUCUUUUUCACAGACAUAAAACAAUUAAAACCAGCAGAUUAUUAUCAGUACAAAGUCUUGUUCAUCUUUGAUGGUCUGGAUGAAAGUCGACUUCCUCUAGAUUUCCAGAACAAUGAGAGCUUGUCUGAUGUAACACAGUCAGCCUCAGUGGAUGUGCUGCUAACAAACCUCAUCAAAGGGAAUCUGCUUCCCUCUGCUCUUCUCUGGAUCACCUCUCGACCAGCAGCAUGUGGUCAGAUCCCUCCUGAGUGUGUUGACCAGGUAACAGAGGUACGAGGAUUCAGUAACCUGCAGAAAGAGGAAUACUUCAGGAAGAGGAUCAGUGACCAGAGUGUGGCCAACAGAGUCAUCACACAUAUGAAGACAUCAAGAAGCCUCUACAUCAUGUGCCACAUACCAGUCUUCUGUUGGAUUGCAGCCACUGUUCUGGAGAGGAUGCUGGGUGAAUCAGAGAGUGGAGAGAUCCCCAAGACUCUGACUCAAAUGUUCACACAGUUCCUGAUCUUUCAGAUCAAACACAAAGACCAAAAGUACCAUGGAAAAUGUGACACUGAUCCUGGGCAGACUAGAGAGAUGAUUCUGGCUAUGGGAAAACUGGCUUUCCAACAGCUGGAGAAAGGCAACCUGAUCUUCUAUGAAGAAGACCUGAGAGAGUGUGGCAUUGAUGUCAGAGAAGUGUCAGUGUACUCAGGAGUCUGCACUCAGAUCUUCAGAGAGGAGUUGGGGCUGCACCUGGGGAAGGUGUUCAGCUUUGUCCAUCUGAGUGUUCAGGAGUUUCUGGCUGCUUUGUUUGUAUUUUUCUCCUUUAUUUCUCAGAACAGAAAUGUGCUGGAACAUCAAACACAUUCAAAAUCAACUGUGACUGAUUUUCUCAAGAGUGCAGUGGACAGAGCUUUACAGAGUGAGAAUGGACACCUGGACCUUUUUCUCCGUUUCCUCCUGGGUCUCUCACUGGAGUCCAAUCAGACUCUCUUGCGAUGCCUGCUGACUCAGACAGGAAGCACUUCUAACUGCAGAGAGGAAACAGUUGAGUACAUCAAGGAGAAGCUCAGGGAGAAUCUCUCUCCAGAGAAAUACAUCAAUCUGUUCCACUGUCUGAAUGAACUGAAUGACCACUCUCUAGUGCAGGAAGUCCAGACAUACCUGAACAGAGGAAACUCUUGCUGUCUAACAAGAGUCACCCUCUCUCCUGCUCAGUGGUCAGCUCUGGUGUUUGUGUUGUUGAACUCAGAGGAAGAGCUGGACGAGUUUGAUCUGAGAAAAUAUGACCGAUCAGAGGAAUGUCUUCUGAGGCUUCUGCCAGUCGUUACAGCAUCCAGAAAAGCUGAGCUGUCUCUGUGUGGUCUCUCAGAGAGAAGCUGUGCAGCUUUGGCCUCAGUUCUCAGAUCAAACUCCUCAAGUCUGAGAGAACUGGAUCUGAGUGUUAAUAGUCUGUGUGAUUCAGGAGUGACGCUGCUCUCUGCUGGACUGGAGGAUCAACACUGUAAACUGGAGACACUCAGGCUGUCUGUGUGUCGUCUCUCAGAGAGAAGCUGUGCAGCUUUGGCCUCAGUUCUCAGAUCAAACUCCUCAAGUCUGAGAGAACUGGAUCUGAGUGAUAAUAGUCUGUGUGAUUCAGGAGUGACGCUGCUCUCUGCUGGACUGGAGGAUCAACACUGUAAACUGGAGACACUCAGGCUGUAUGGGUGUCGUCUCUCAGAGAGAAGCUGUGCAGCUUUGGCCUCAGUUCUCAGAUCAAACUCCUCAAGUCUGAGAGAACUGGAUCUGAGUUAUAAUAGUCUGUGUGAUUCAGGAGUGACGCUGCUCUCUGCUGGACUGGAGGAUCAACACUGUAAACUGGAGACACUCAGAUUAUGGAGCUGCAGUAUUACAGAGAAAGGCUGUAAAGCUCUGGUUAAAGCUUUGACAUUAAAUCCUUCACACUUGAGAGAGCUGGAUCUGAACUGCAAUAAACCAGGAGAGUCAGGAGUGAAGAUGCUUUCUGCUCUACUAGAAGAUCCUCACUAUAAACUGGAGAAACUACACAUCUGAAGACGAUCCACACAUUAACUGGUAGGAGCCUCUCACACUCAGGGCUUAUGAGCAGAGGACGACGUCUCAUAGAACCAGUCUUGGUGGUCAAGUUUGGUCAGUUGUUUUCCUGUAUAACAGUGGCUGCAGCUUGGACAGUACGUCUGUCAAACUCCUGACACUUGAGGACGACCCCACAUUGUUUAGCAGGACACAAGAUGCUUCUCCUCCUCCCAAAGCACCUGGGCUCAACAUCAACCCUCUCAGACCAGUGGAAACGUUGACAGACAUUCAUCAACUCACUCUAGAAAUCAAGACUUUCUGAUCUGCACUGUUUAAGCAGAUACAUAGUAUACGUGGUUGUAGUUUUCCUCCUCAUGGUCAGUUAUUCUGUAUUCAGUUUGAGUUUGAUAUGUACUUUAUGUAAUGCCUUUAAAUCAUUUUAUACAUUGUUUUUCUUCACUACACUUCAAUAAUAAAAGUCUGUGGACAUGAAAUCAUCCUGAAA